AUGGCAGGACAGAAAGAUCAUAAGGACCUCCAGGAAACAUGGGUUCUUCAGGUUGGUGUUGCUGACCAUGUUCAUCAUCAAAUUGUUGCUGCUGAUGAUCAUGUUCAUCAUCAAACACAUGAUCUUGCUGGGGCUGCUCAUCUUGGGGCUGAGGCCGAACUCGCAAAUGAUCACCAUAUGGUGCGCACUAUGUUUACUGACAGAGAGGGUUGUGUUAUACUUAACGAGGGCACUUCUAAUGCGGAGUCUAAUGCUGACGGUCAUCGUAUUAGGCCAACUGCUUCUGCAAGGGCACAACGACGACGAGAUGUUGAAUAUCCUGGUGGUCCGGUUGAUAGUUAUGUCCUUAGGACAUUUGGCGAUCAUGUUGCAACUCGACUCUGGGAUGGCGAGGAUCGGGGAGAAUUAAGGGUGUUCAGCAAUGGGAAAAAAUUAAAAGAAGCUGUUAUUGAAGAUGAAGAGGUUGAGCAACUGGUUAAAAGCCCGGGAUUGUAUUCGUUACUAAAAUGCAGCUAUGAAAUGAUCGACAAAGGGAUCAUUUUUGCAUUCGUAGAGAGGUGGCAUCGUGACACCAGUAGCUUUCAUCUCCCUAUUGGUGAAAUGACGAUUACUUUGGACGACGUGUCAUCUCUGUUGCAUAUUCCCAUUACCGGUGCAUUCUUCAGUGUUAAUGUAUUUAACAAGGAUGAAGGUGCAAAUAUAUUGGAAGAGCUUCUUGGAGUUAGUCACGGUGUUGCUUAUGCAGAAUUUAAUGUGACGCGGACAGCCACGGUUAGGUAUAGUUGGUUACUUGACGUAUAUCAGCAGCGUUGUCGUGAACAGCGUUGGCAGAUGGUUGCGAGAGCAUUUCUUUUAUUUUUGGUCGGUUGCACACGCUUCAGCGGUAAGAGUGCAUACGCAGUUAGUGUUGCCUAUCUUAAGUGCUUCCGGGACCUUAAUUCUUGCGGGGGAUAUGCAUGGGGUGCAGCUGCUCUUGCUUAUCUUUAUGACAAUCUUCGAGAAGCCAGCAUGCAUCAAACCAGAACUGUUUCUGGGUAUCUGACACUUUUACAGGCAUGGGUCUGUGAGCAUUUUCCUACAUUAUGUAGAGAUCGUUGUAGACUUUCUGCUAGUUAUGUUGAAGACUAUCCUAGAGCACUUAAAUGGAAGCCUAAAAGGGAUAAGGGUUUGGUUCUUCCAUUUAGGAAAGCUCUUGAUGAGAUUGAUGUUGAUGAGACAUAG